AUGAUUCCAAUGGUGUAUACAGUGUAUGGUUUUGCGAUUUUCUUUAUGGUCGCGUGGGUGUGUUUGUGGCUAAUUCAUAUAAUGGCCUUUUCCUAUUCAAAGUGGAAACUGCAUCGGACUGUAGACCGGUCUCCGCCGGAGCAACCACUUCCCGGUGUUUCGAUUUUAAAACCACUUACCGGAGUAGAUCCAAACCUGUUCUCUAACUUAGAGACGUUUUUCACACUGGACUACCCAACGUAUGAAAUUCUAUUUUGUGUCGAAAACGAGCAGGAUCCUGCUUUAAUGCUUGUGAACAGUCUUAUUCACAAAUACCCUCGAGUGGAUGCAAGGUAUUUCAUCGGCGGAACGCGAGUCGGCGUUAACCCUAAGAUCAACAACAUGCAUCCAGCGUAUAUGGCGGCUAAGCAUCCCCUUAUAUUAGUGAGUGAUUCUGGAAUUCGAAUGAGAGAAGACAGUCUAUUGGACAUGGUGCAAAACAUGAAGGAGGACGUGGCGAUAGUUCAUCAGAUGCCAUUCACGUGGGAUGCGGACGGCUUCGCUGCCGUCUACGAGAAAGUAUAUUUUGGCACGGCGCAGGCGCGGAUGUACUUGGGAGCAGAUUUCCUCGGCAUCAACUGUCACGUCGGAAUGUCGUCUCUUGUACGGCGCUGUGCGCUGGAAGAGGCAGGGGGUCUGGCCGCAUUUGGCGAGUAUCUGGCUGAGGAUUUCUUCAUGGCGAAAGCGGUGUUAUCCCGUGGGUGGCGGUUGCGCGUAGCAUCGUUACCGGCUCUUCAAAAUUCAGGCUCCAAGUCGAUAGGCGGAAUGCAGGCGCGGCUUAAGCGGUGGGCGCGUCUCCGGAUAGCCAUGGUGCCAACUACGGCGCUGCUGGAACCUCUAAGUGAGUGUCUACCGCUAGGCGCGGGUGCCGCUUGGGCCGCUGGACAGCUCUUCGGUGCGGAGCCCUUACCUUUCUUUCUUGUGCACAUGCUUGUGUGGUUUCUAUCAGACUGGCUCAUGCUCCGCUCAGUUCAAAAUGGGUCACCUCCAUUUACAAAAGUAGAGUUUCUCUUGGCCUGGGUGUGGAGUGAGUGUUGUGCACCAUUGGUGUUGGCAACAGCAGUGCUUAACCCAGAGAUUGCUUGGCGGGCUCGCAACUACCGGCUGGACUGGGGUGGCCGAGCACAUGAGCUCAAACCCAAACUCAAGUUCUGA